GUCGCUCUUAUUCCUCGGUGUGUGUGUGUGUGUGUGAACCUUUACUCCAUCAUCAGACGAUGCGCUCCGGUAACUCCUCUCUGCGCGGAUGACAGAUGUUUAACAGUUCAGGUCAUCUUCUCAGGCAGGUUAUGGACCCAGUGUGACUUAUAGCACCCUCCUGCUCAGCUGGCCUGUCUAACUCUGUCACUAUGGCAACUUCCUCGAGAGGCUGCGCGCCGGCUAUGCGCCUCUGUCAAAGACUGAACCGACUCAAGACACUGGAUGAUGACAUGAUGGCCACGUCGCUGAAGCGCUGCCUGUCCACCCUGGACCUGACUCUGCUGGGUGUUGGAGGCAUGGUGGGCUCCGGGCUUUAUGUCCUGACGGGAACAGUGGCUAAAGAUAUGGUCGGGCCUGCUGUCAUUAUAUCCUUCCUCUUUGCAGGUUUUGCGUCCUUAUUGGCCGCCUUUUGUUACGCAGAGUUUGGAGCGCGCAUUCCCAAAACAGGGUCUGCCUACAUGUUCACGUACGUGUCGGUGGGAGAGGUCUGGGCCUUUCUCAUCGGCUGGAACGUCAUUCUGGAGAACAUGAUCGGUGGUGCUGCCGUGGCGCGCGCCUGGAGUGGCUAUCUGGACUCCAUUUUUAACCACGCCAUCAAGAACUACACCGAGACACACAUAAUGCAGUGGAACGUGCCCCUGCUCGCCCACUACCCUGACCUGCUUGCUGCAGGGAUCCUCAUCGUCGCCUCGUUCUUCAUUUCCUUCGGGGUUCAAGUGUCCUCUUACCUCAAUCACAUCUUCUCCGUCAUAAGUAUGGCCGUCAUUGUUUUCAUACUAGUGUUUGGCUUCAUGCUGGCUGAACCGGCCAACUGGAGCCAGAAAGAAGGAGGCUUUGCACCGUUUGGAUUGUCUGGGAUCCUCGCAGGCUCAGCCACGUGCUUCUACGCGUUUGUGGGCUUCGACGUCAUCGCGUCCUCAAGCGAGGAGGCGAAGAACCCGCAGAAAGCCGUUCCCAUUGCCACCGCCAUCUCCCUCGGACUUGCGGCGACGGCCUACAUCCUGGUCUCCACGGUGCUCACCCUCAUGGUGCCGUGGCACACUCUGGACCCAAACUCGGCUCUGUCGGAUGCCUUCUUCCGCCGCGGUUAUAGCUGGGCCGGAGUGGUUGUGGCGGUCGGUUCCAUCUGUGCCAUGAACACAGUGCUGCUCUGUAAUCUCUUCUCCCUCCCUCGGAUCGUGUACGCCAUGGCAGAGGACGGACUGUUCUUCUCCAUAUUUGCGCGCGUCAAUCCCGUCACCAAAGUCCCCGUCAAUGCUAUACUGGUGUUUGGAGUCUUCAUGGCCACCAUGGCGCUCAUCUUUGACCUGGAGGCCUUGGUUCAGUUCCUGUCCAUUGGCACACUCCUGGCGUACACCUUUGUGGCUGCAAGUAUUAUUGUGCUGCGUUUCCAGCCGGAGAAGGUCAGCUCCAAAGGAACUGCUUCCACAUCGCCCACCCCCAACGCCGAGCCCUCCCUUGCCCACUCAGAGUCCCAGACUAUAACGGAGGACAGCGGGGAGCUGAAGCAAUACGAGUCCUUCUCUGACAAACUCCAGCUGGUGGAGCGGCAGAAGACGGUGGAGCGCCGAGGGGCGGGGCAGCUGAAGGCUUUCUGGGAGCCGUACCUGGGCAGGCUGCUGGGGGACUGUGAACCGGGGCAGGUGGCGGCCUUCUGCGUGCUGACGCUGAUAGUGAGCUCGGUCUCCUUCUGUGUUGUGCUGGAAUUCGGGAACAAACAGCUGCAGCUGCCCGUGUGGAGCUUCGCAAUGUUGCUGGUGAUCUUCAGCUUGGCCUACGUCGUCAGCCUGGCUCUCAUAUGGGUUCAUGAGCCACAGACCAACAGCAAAACAUUCCAGGUCCCUCUGGUUCCGCUGACUCCAGGUGCCAGCAUCCUCAUCAAUGUGUUCCUUAUGAUGAAGCUCAGCUAUCUAACCUGGAUUCGAUUCACCGUGUGGAUCGCCAUAGGUCUCAUCGUGUACUUUGGCUACGGGAUCUGGCACAGCAAGGAGGGCAGACGGGAGCUGCAGCCCCAAGACAUGGCCGCCCGCUACGUGGUGCUACCCAGCGGCAGCUUGGUGGAGACAGUGCAGUCCGUCCAGCCCGACGGUCACGUGGACACACAGGCGCACCGCGCCAAAGCCGCCGCCACCGCCUCCGCAGUGGAGGAGCACGCGGGAAACAGAUGAUGUGUGACCAAACGUAGUCGUCGUUACAACUGCCCGUUAUUAUCCGAUGUCUCUCACUCGAAACGCCGCGUUCUGACUCUUGUACUCUCUGUGUCUCACUCCUUCUCUCGUGCGACUGGCCUGCCACGGUUCCGUAGUCUUUGCUCAGCAAGCGUAAGCACACCACAGGACGGGGGACGCGCGCUCUCCGUCUUGUCGGGGAAUCAUGUUUGUACAUCUUCGUUAUAUCUGAAUGUACAGUAGAGAGCUUCAUUGCUGUCCUGUAAAGUCGUGUUAUAUAUAAGACCAGCUCUCUUCCUGCGAUCCACUUCUCGUUCUGUCCACUCAGUGAAAUGUUUUUAAUUAUCGUUUUACGCGAACACAAAUCUGAAAGUCUCCACCAAAAAGACAUCCUUGCUGAUCUUGAAUUAAUGGAUUACUAACUUAAUAGACAGCUCUUUUGAUAAUCGAUUCAUCGGUUUGAAGCUUUUUUUCAUGAUUAAAACAAGAUUUCCGAUCUUUUAAGCUUCUUAAA